AUGUUACUUUCACUCUCGCUAUGGACUUUCAUAUUUGUUAGUAAUCAUAUUAUUAAUGCCUAUUGUCCGGAUGAUGAAGAUCUUCAACGUCAACAAUGUACAUGCAAUUUGAAUAAGAACUAUAUUCAAUGUUCGGCAUUACCCAAACAAUGUCGCACGUGUUAUCGUUACGAUGAAAUGUAUUUCGAUGAGAAAGUCGAUAUUUUACCUGAGGAAGCAUUUCGUUACUACGAAUUCUUUGGAAAUAAUCGCAAGAAGUCUUUUAAGGUUCAAUUUGCUCACUUAAAUGUCAUUUCCUCGAAUGCAUUCUCUCGAACCGACCUGCGCGCCGAACGGUCCUUAAAAAUACAGAUCGUCAAAUAUACAUCAACGAUUUUACCAUCGCGAACAUUCGAAGAUUUAGCUCUUCAGUCGAACUCGAACAUAACCAUUGACAUUUUCAACGUCACUUCAUCGUUAUUAACCAUUGAGCAGUACGCAUUUGAUGGCAUCCGAUUCAAUCGCGAGAGUCGAUUUCGUUUCGCGAUACUCUAUGCAAAAGAUACGAUACUAUUCGAAUCCAACGCAGGAUCGAAUAUGUUACCAUCGUACUCGCAUAUGGACUUAAUGUUUGCGAAUUUUAUUCAAGUGAUCUUCGAGGAGCAUAGUUUCGAUCAUAUCACUCAGGAACAUUCGAGUGAAUUGAUGCUCAGUUUCGAUCGAUUUCAGUAUGCUACACUGGCGCAUAAUUCUUUCUAUGACUUUCAUCAACUUGAUCUUGCACGUUUUCAACUUUCCCUGGCGAAUUUUCAAAGUUUAACCAUCGAACAAACGCUAUUCGAUACCAUAACACAAUUAAAAUCAACGUUGAUCGUGUCGAUUUACAAUUUAACAAGCGAUCUAUGCGUCCCGAGUCAAACUUUCAGUCAGAUUAAGCAGGAUGUCAAUUCGACAUUUCAAUUCGAGAUUAACUACGGACGAAACAUUCUUUUUGCUUCCGAUGCAUUUACAAAUAUAAACCAAAAAUUACAGUCGAAACUAGCGGUUAGCAUUACGAAUUCCUACGAUGUGUAUUUCGCUCGUUAUGCAUUGAAUAAUUUACAUCAGGAAGAUCGAUCAUUCGUGGAUAUUUGGGUAAAAUAUGGGCAGAAUCUAAUCUUCGAAGAUUAUGCAAUUAACAAUAUCGAUAUUAACAAAGCAAGUAUUCUUAGAAUUGGCUUUCAGUAUUCACGAGGAACUUUACAAAUGGCGACGAAUGCAUUUGUGAAUAUCAACGAAGGUCAAGGUGGUGAAUUUAUCUUUCAAAUCAUGAAUUCCUCGGACUUCUAUUUUCGUUUCAACAAGACAAUCUCUUUAAAACUUUUGGAAAUUGUCGAUCGGUCACUGUCAUCUCAAGAUCUCUGUCGUGUUGCAAAUAUUCCAUCUCACAUUCCCAUGAAACUCCUUCCGGACACGUCAUGUUCCUGUACGGUUUAUUACCUCUAUCGUCACCUUCAUCGCAAACUUCUUCAGUCAGAUCUUAAUGAACUGACUCCGACGUGCUAUCGAGAUAUGUCUCUGGACGAUCUCGAAUAUGCCGAACAUGAAUGUUCAUUCGAGACGAAAAUUAACAACUGUCAACAAAUGGAGGGUGAAAUACAAAUUGAUAUUCCACGUGGUAUCUGCGAGAAUAACGUUCGACUGAUGAAUAAGAACAACAACAAACGACAGCCAUCGAAGAAGAAAUCGUCGUUCACAACGGCGAUCUUCUUUCUCAUCCUAAUCGGUUGUAUCAUCUUCACUGUUAGUUGCAUGUACGUUCUAUUUUCCAAAGAUAAACGAUUACCAUCAUGGGAUACGCUUCAAAAGUAUCUCAUGCACUAUCGACGACAGAAAUUGACAAUUUACUCGGCUGAUUCUUAUCAACAGUUGACACAUAUCGAUCAACAAGAACCAACGACGAAGCGAAGAAAACUUCUGGUACGGUACAAUUCAACAACAGAUCGAACGCAACCGUACUUAGAUGUGGACAAGUCGGACUUCAUUGUUUCAAACAAUGCCAAAGAUGAUGAUGAUGAAGAACAUGAUGAAGAUUUCACACUGAAACUGAAUACCAAUCCCAUGAGUGAUAUUGAAGACAAUGCGGUUUAA